AUGGAUAUGGACACUGCUCCUCCGGCGCCGGGCUUAGCUUGUCAGAUCUAUGGUAGCCAUGCGUGGGAGCUUGCUCCUAGCUCUGUGGGUGUCAAAGAUUUCAACACACCUGAGUACAAGGCAUGGGUGCAAGCAGCAUGGGGGAAGUGCUUGGAGAAGGAUGCUGGGACCAAGUAUGUGAGCGUGUGGAAGGAUGCUGGCUACAGGUGCUACACGGCAGCCACUUGUGGUGCCACUGACGGAGCGAGCUCCUUCACCAGAUCAUGGGCGCCUGCACCUUGCGGGACGCUGACAGUGGCCCAGCCACCACAACCGCAGGCUCCGCAGGCGCAGGUGUGCCCUGCCAAGCAGCUGGAGUCUCUAGGCAAUGGUUUUUGCAGCAGCGGUCAGAUCUAUGGUAGCCAUGCCUGGGAGCUUGCUUCUAGCUCAGGGGGCAUAAAAGGUUUCGACACACCUGAGUACGAGGCGUGGGUCCAGACAGCAUGGAAAAAAUGCUUGGAGAAGGAUGCUGAGACCGCGUUUGUGAGCGUUUGGAAGGAUGCCGGCUACAGGUGCUACAAGGCAACCACUUGUGGUCCCAAUGGUGACUCCUUCACCAGAUCAUGGGCACCUGCUUUCUCUCUGAAACCUGAUGGAUAUGGACACUGCUCCUCCGGUCAGAUCUAUGGUAGCCAUGCGUGGGAGCUUGCUCCUAGCUCUGUGGGUGUCAAAGAUUUCAACACACCUGAGUACAAGGCAUGGGUGCAAGCAGCAUGGGGGAAGUGCUUGGAGAAGGAUGCUGGGACCAAGUACGUGAGUGUUUGGAAGGAUGCUGGCUACAGGUGCUAUGUGGCAGCCACUUGUGGUGCGACUGACGGAGCGAGCUCCUUCACCAGAUCAUGGGCACCGGCUUUCUCUCUGAAACCUGAUGGAUAUGGACACUGUUCCUCCGGUCAGAUCUAUGGUAGCCAUGCCUGGGAGCUUGCUCCUAGCUCUGUGGGUGUCAAAGAUUUCAACACACCUGAGUACAAGGCAUGGGUGCAAGCAGCAUGGGGGAAGUGCUUGGAGAAGGAUGCUGGGACCAAGUAUGUGAGCGUGUGGAAGGAUGCUGGCUACAGGUGCUACACGGCAGCCACUUGUGGUGCCACUGACGGAGCGGGCUCCUUCACCAGAUCAUGGACAUCUGCCGCUCUUCCUUGCUAA